AUGUUGGGUUUCGAAAUAAUAUCAAGUUGUAUUGAAUUUACAGAAUUCAGCCAGUUUUCAUCAUCAGAAUUCAGUGCUGAAGAAAAUAUUCCCCCAAAAAUUGAAAAGAAACUAAUUACUUUUGAGCUUCUUUGGAAGCAAAAACUGGAAAUAUUCUGCAUCGGUACACCUUAUUAUAUGUCUCCAGAGAGAAUACAUGAAAAUGGUUACAACUUCAAAUCUGAUAUCUGGUCUCUAGGCUGUCUGCUCUAUGAGAUGGCUGCACUGCAGAGUCCCUUUUAUGGUGAUAAAAUGAACUUGUACUCUCUGUGCAAGAAGAUAGAACAGUGUGACUACCCACCUCUCCCUUCAGAUCACUAUUCAGAGGAACUGCGACAAUUAGUUAAUAUAUGCAUCAACCCAGACCCGGAGAAGCGACCAGACAUAACCUAUGUGUACGACGUAGCCAAACGUAUGCACGCACACACCGCGAGCAGCUAG